AUGGCAACCGAAACGAGAGACGUCAACAACCACGUCCUCUUCGAGGUCGCGACCGAGGUCGCCAACAGAGUCGGCGGCAUCUACUCUGUCCUCAAGUCCAAGGCUCAGGUCACAACGGCCGAGUAUGGCGCAGCCUACACCCUCCUGGGACCGUGGAACCGGGCCUCGGCGCAAGUCGAGGUCGAGCCCAUAGAGCCCAAGGACCCUGCUCUCGUAGCCACGAUCAAGUCCAUGGACGAGCGUGGCAUCAAGGUUCUGUACGGACGAUGGCUCAUCGACGGUGCGCCUCGCGUGCUCCUCUUCGACACUGGCACAGCGUACCGAUGGCUUGACGAGUGGAAGGGUGACCUGUGGUCCUCUGCCGGCAUCCCCUCCCCGCCAAGCGACUCCGAGACCAACGAAGCCAUUGUCUUCGGCUACCUCAUCGCCUGGUUCCUGGGCGAGUACACCUUCCACGAGAAGAAGCGCGCUAUCAUCGUGCAAUUCCACGAGUGGCUCGCCGGUGUCGCGGUGCCGCUUUGCAAGAAGCGCCGCAUCGACGUCACCACCAUCUUCACCACCCACGCUACGCUUCUCGGCCGCUACCUCUGCGCCGGAUCCGUCGACUUCUACAACAACCUGCAGUACUUCGAUGUCGAUGCCGAGGCGGGAAAGCGUGGCAUCUACCACCGCUACUGCAUAGAACGCGCAGCCACACACGCUGCGGAUGUCUUCACCACCGUAUCUCACAUCACUGCCUACGAGAGCGAGCAUCUCCUGAAGCGCAAGCCAGACGGCGUUCUGCCCAACGGUCUGAACGUCAAGAAGUUCUCGGCUACGCACGAGUUCCAGAACCUGCACCAGCAGUCCAAGGUGAAGAUCAACGACUUCAUCCGAGGUCACUUCUACGGCCACAACGACUUCGACCCGGAGAACACGCUCUACUUCUUCACCGCCGGACGAUACGAGUACCGCAACAAGGGCGUGGACAUGUUCAUCGAGUCGUUGGCGCGACUGAACCACAAGAUGAAGAGCGAAAACUCCAACAUGACGGUUGUGGCCUUCAUCAUCCUGCCUGCGCAGACGACAUCGCUGUCGGUCGACUCGCUCAAGGGACAGGCCGUCAUCAAGUCCCUGCACGACACGGUCGACAACAUUGCCGGAAACGUGGCCAAGAAGCUCUUCGAGCGCUCGCUGACGUGGACGGAAGGCCAGGAGCUGCCCGAGGACAAGGAGCUGCUUUCGCCCCAGGACAAGAUCCUACUCCGUCGCCGGCUGUACGCCAUGAAGAGACACAACCUGCCGCCCAUUGUCACCCACAACAUGGCGAACGACUCGGAAGACCCGGUCUUGAACCAGCUGCGAAGGUGCCAGCUCUUCAACCACCCCUCGGACCGCGUCAAGGUUGUGUUCCAUCCCGAGUUCUUGAACUCGGCCAACCCGGUUCUGCCUCUCGACUACGACGACUUUGUCCGCGGAACGCAUCUCGGUGUCUUCUCGUCGUACUACGAGCCGUGGGGCUACACGCCGGCGGAGUGCACCGUCAUGGGUGUGCCUAGCAUCACGACGAACCUGUCUGGCUUCGGUUGCUACAUGGAGGAGCUGAUUGAGAACGCUCAAGAUUACGGCAUCUACAUUGUGGACCGCAGGAUGAAGGGCGUAGACGACUCGGUCAACCAGCUUGUGGACUACAUGUUCGACUUCACCAAGAAGAGCAAGCGGCAGCGCAUCAACCAGCGGAACCGAACGGAGCGCCUGAGCGACCUGCUCGACUGGAAGCGAAUGGGUAUGGAGUACGUCAAGGCGCGACAGCUGGCGCUGAGGAGGGCGUACCCCAACGCAUACGAGGACGACGAUGAGCCCGACUUCUUCAGCUCUAACGAGGCUAAGAUCUCGCGGCCGCUGUCGGAGCCCGGGUCUCCGAGGGACCGCUCUGGGAUGAUGACGCCUGGCGACUUUGCCUCGCUGCAAGAGGGCCGCGAGGGACUCAGCACGGAAGAUUACAUUGCGUGGAAGCUGCCUGAGGAGGAAGAGACGGACGAGGUGUUCCAGUUCCCGCUCACGCUCAAGCCCAAGAAGGGUACGGGCUCAGGCGCCGUGACACCCACGCUCGAGAAGGCCAACGGUACCGAUGGAGAGUAG